UUGCCACCGGGGAGGGCAGUGGUUGGACAGUGGUGCAGCGGUGCAGCGGUGCAGCGGUCAUGAAGUUCCUGCUGAAGAAAUGCCUGCGCAAGAAGGCCCCGGAGAUGAAGCCCGGGGCCAUCCUGGACGCCGUCAUCUCCCAGUCCUCGGCCACCGCCUGCAAGUGUCUGCUCUACAAGCUGGCUGAUUACAAGAGGGGUGGCGACCUCAUUGAUGCCAUCAAUUCCGGCGGACUGAUUGCCGUGGAGCAGCUUAUCCGCGAGCAGUUUGGCGUCUUCAUGUACAACGAUGGCAAGGGCCAGGUGAUCAACCGUGCGGAGUUCCUGCGCUGGAAAUACCGAGACCACACAGAGGUUACCAUACCCAUUGAGGCAUCGCUGUCGAUACACGAUCCGCUGGGCAAGUGGGAGGACCACAAAGCCUGCUGGCAAAUGCAGUAUCGCGGCGCUCUUGGCGAGAGUCUGCUGCACGUGCUCAUCAUCUGCGACUCCAAGGUGCACACAAAGCUGGCCCGCGUCCUGCUCCGUGUCUUUCCCAACCUGGCCUUGGAUGUGAUGGAGGGCGAGGAGUAUUUGGGAGCCAGUGCCCUGCACCUGUCCAUUGCCUACAGCAACAAUGAGCUGGUGGCGGAUCUCAUAGAGGCCGGGGCGGAUAUCAAUCAGCGGGCAAUAGGCAGCUUCUUCCUGCCCCGGGAUCAGCAGCGUGCCCAUCCGGCUAAGAGCACCGACUACGAGGGACUGGCCUAUAUGGGUGAGUAUCCGCUGGCCUGGGCCGCCUGCUGUGCGAAUGAGAGUGUCUACAAUCUGCUGGUGGACUGCGGCGCCGAUCCCGAUGCCCAGGACUCGUUCGGCAACAUGAUCCUCCACAUGGUGGUCGUCUGCGACAAGCUGGACAUGUUCGGCUAUGCUCUGCGCCAUCCCAAGACGCCGGCCAAGAAUGGUAUCGUUAACCAGACGGGUCUCACGCCGCUAACCCUCGCCUGCAAGCUGGGACGUGCCGAGGUCUUUCGCGAGAUGUUGGAGUUGUCCGCCAGGGAGUUUUGGCGUUACAGUAACAUCACCUGCUCCGGCUAUCCCCUGAAUGCGCUGGACACCCUCCUCCCAGACGGCAGGACCAACUGGAACUCGGCUCUCUUCAUCAUCCUGAAUGGCACCAAGCCCGAGCAUCUGGACAUGUUGGACGGUGGCAUCAUUCAACGUUUGCUCGAGGAGAAGUGGAAGACGUUUGCCCAGAAUCAGUUCCUCAAGCGUCUCCUCAUCCUGUCCACGCAUCUGCUGUGCCUCUCCGUAUCCGUUUAUCUCCGACCCGCGCACGAUGGUGAGGCCGAGGGUGAGGACUCCGAGGGCGAGGAUGGGAGGGGUGGAGCUGCCGCUGCUCUUCAAUCGGUGACAGAGGGAAAUGGUAAUGGAAAUGGUGAUGAUGAUGACUACAAUGCCCAGACGGUGGCGCGAUAUUGUGCCGAGCUGGCCACCAUAGCGGGCGUCCUGAGCUAUGUGGUCUUCCAGCAAGGAGAUGAGAUCAAGAACCAGGGAUUAUCCGCCUUUCUUAAGCAGCUGUCUCACGCUCCAGCCAAGGCUAUCUUCCUGUUCUCGAACCUGCUGAUCCUGGCCUGCAUACCCUUUCGUCUGAUUGGGGACACGGAUACCGAGGAGGCCAUCCUGAUCUUCGCAGUGCCCGGCUCCUGGUUUCUGCUCAUGUUCUUUGCCGGAGCCAUCCGACUUACAGGACCCUUUGUGACCAUGAUCUAUUCGAUGAUAACGGGUGACAUGUUCACCUUUGGCAUCAUCUAUUGCAUUGUGCUCUGUGGGUUCUCGCAGGCGUUCUACUUCCUGUACAAGGGACAUCCCCAGGUGCAGUCCACCAUGUUCAACACCUACACUAGCACCUGGAUGGCCCUCUUCCAAACCACUCUCGGUGACUAUAAUUAUCCCGAUCUCAACCAGACAACGUAUCCGAAUCUAUCGAAGACCGUGUUUGUCAUCUUCAUGAUCUUUGUGCCCAUUCUGCUGCUUAACAUGUUGAUUGCCAUGAUGGGCAACACCUAUGUGACGGUUAUCGAGCAGUCGGAGAAGGAGUGGAUGAAGCAGUGGGCCAAGAUCGUUGUCACCUUGGAGCGAGCAGUGCCGCAGGCAGAUGCCAAGGGUUACCUAGAGGCCUACUCCAUACCCUUGGGUCCCGCGGACGAUACGGGAUUCGAGGUACGCGGUGUGAUGGUCAUCAAGAGCAAGAGCAAGACCAGGGCCAAGCAGCGCAAGGGAGCGGUAUCGAACUGGAAGAGAGUGGGUCGCGUCACCCUGACGGCUCUGAAGAAGCGCGGCAUGACCGGCGAAGAGAUGCGUCGCCUCAUGUGGGGUCGCGCCUCCAUCUCUAGUCCUGUUAAGGUGGCCAAACAGAAGCUCAAGGAUCCGUACAACAUGCAUCCUGAAUCGGACUUCACCAACGCCAUGGACAUGCUGACUUUUGCCAAUAAUCCGGCUUCCUCCAAUGGCGUUGUCCUGCGAACAGCAACAGCAGCUCCGCCACCAGCACCACCGGCUCCAGAUCCCUUUCGGGAGCUCAUAAUGAUGUCGGAUCAGCGGCCAGAGACCCAUGAUCCGCACUACUUUGCCGGACUACAGCAGCUGGCGAACAAAGCCUUCGAUUUAGUGGAGCAAACGAUGAAGACGCAGCCGCAGACGACGACCAAGAAGGUGGCAGCGCCGUCGGUGGAUCCUUUGCUUACGCCUGUGCCUGCCGCUCCAGCACUAGCAGCAGCAGCUCCAGCAGGGGACCUGGCCUUGGCCAUGCCCCUGCCCAUGACGAAUCUAAGCAACUUGUUCCAGGAUCCCAAGGAUAUUGUCGAUCCCAAGAAGCUCGAAGAGUUUAUGGCCAUGCUGGCCGAGGUCGAGACGGAGGAGAGCGACAGCGGUGGACCGAUACUGGGCAAGCUCUCGCUGGCCAAGAGGACGCACAAUGCCUUGUCCAAGGCGGACAUACGGCGGGAGCAGCAGCAGCCUGGUUUCGAGGCCAUGUCCUCGGUGUGGGCGCCGCCCGGUGCCUUGGCUGUGGAGACGACGGGCUUCCAUUUCGACGAGGCUGUGUCGGAGGAGGUACUGACCAUCGAACAGGAGGCCGAAGUGGAGACCGAGGACGGCAAUGGCGGUGAGGAACCCUGUUCUUCCAGCGAGGAAAUGCCCACCUCGGAGGAGGUGCAUGCCACCAUGAAGCAGUUCCAUUUGCGCAAAUGCCAGCCGGCGCAGGAUGAGGCCGCUCGCCGGGCCAAGAGUGCGCGUAUUCGUCGCAGGAACAAGGUUUCUCCGGAACAGAGCGAGGUUCACGAACAACGCGGUCGUUCUGCGGCUCAGGGACGCGGAAAUCUAUCGUCGCCACCGGAUCCCUUGGAGCCCUGGAGCACCCGUGAGCUGCAGGACAUCAACAAGAUACUAGCUAGGAAGUAGACACACGAGAGAGCGAGCUUCUGGCACAUAGUCCUUCUUGUGGUUGGCUUAUAAUUGUUAUCAGAGCUUACGUCUAAUUAGAAAUACAAAUACAUAAUAAACGGAUGAGCCCCUUA